AUGUCAUUUCUCUUCAAAUAUUCUGCAGUUCUGCAGAUCAUCAAGGCAUGUGAGUACUAUUACAGAUUGAAGAGAGAGAAGAAGAAGAUAUUCAAGCACAAAGAGACAGAUUAUAAGAUAUGUUAUAAUACCUUGAAGAGACAGAAGCUGACAGAGGAGAAGAGAAUUAAGACCUUGUUCAGAUCUCAAAUGCACUUCAUGAUUCAGAAUAUUGAGAAGACAGCUCUGCUCUCUGAGCAUAUCAAUCUACUUAUCACUGAGAUGAAACCUGAGACAGUAGACCAGAAAAUGCAGGAUUUUGAGAUGCAGGUUGACCUGGCUGAGAGAGAGCAGCAGAAACUCUUCUCUGAGAAGAUAGCAGAGAGUGAUUUUAAGAUAAUUAUUAUCUCAGAUGAGAAGAAGAAGAAGAAGAAUGAGAAUAAGAAGUGA